UUUCUACCUUUUUCUCUCUCUCGCUCCCUCUUUUUUCUCUCUCCUUCUCUCUUUGGCUCACAGAAGGUUCCCAGGCUCCUGGUCCGUCUGUCUGUCCGUCUGCCUGUCCGCCUGACUGUCCGACGAUCCCGCUGAAGCUCCAGCACCACCCGGGACACAGACUCUCACAAAGCUGCAGAGAUGGCGAUGAACAGCAUUCUCAACGCUGCCGAUAUCAAGAAAGCCCUAGACGCAUUCGCAGCGGCUGACUCGUUUGACCAUAAGAAGUUCUUUGAGAUGGUGGGUCUGAAGGCCAAGUCAGCUGAGGAUGUGAAGAAAGCCUUCCUGGUGCUGGACGCUGAUGCCAGCGGAUUCAUAGAGGAGGAGGAGCUCAAGUUCGUACUGAAGGGAUUUGCCUCAGACGGCAGGGACCUGACCGACAAAGAAACCAAAGCGUUCUUAAACGAAGCCGACAAGGACGGAGACGGCAUGAUCGGCAUCGACGAGUUCGUUGCCCUGGUGCACGAGUAAUAGACACAUCCCUAAACCGACUAGCGCUCCACCACCCGGCCCCGAUAUUCCCCCUCUCCAAGUCUGCAGCCUCCCCCACCUCAUCCCUCCACCUGCCCUCACUGACACCCAGCUCUCUCCCACUCAAGCGCACUACUACUACUGCACUGGAGGAAUGGGGUCGUGGCUCCCGCCCCCCACCCCGCUAACUUACCACUCUCCACCACUCCCACCCACAACCUAUUUAUUUUUUCCUUUUUAUACAAAACGUAUGUGUUUCUGUUUAUGUAUAGUUAUCAGACCGCCUGGAAGGCCAAUAACCUCAAGUUAAAAUAAUAAUGUAGAUAUUUCAAAAUGAGAGAAAGUCAUUUUACUUCACCCUCCUUUUACUCUGUCCCUCUUCCCCCACUCUUUAUCUUUAUCUGUCCUUUGUUUCUGUCUCUAUUUCAACUUUCUGGCAUUGCUCCUUUCCUUUCUUCCCCUCUCUCCUUUGGUAAUGAGCUGUUGUAAAAACACACCAAAAGAUGAAGCUGUGAACGAACAAACUAAAAUAAAUUUAAAAAAUGCCUCAAGAGCAACUGACUCACUCCGAAUGCUUCCUCUGUUUGUCUCCUUCUCUUCUCCGAUUGGGAUUGCUGAGCGAUUAGUGCUUUUUGAGGUCGGUUCGGUUUCGGUUUGAUUACAAAAAAGUAAUCGCGGUUUUUGAUUUCGGUUUCAAUAAUAUAUUUAGCCUUAUACUGCAGUGGGCUAAAUCAGAGUCACACAGAGUGUUGGUUAAAUAAAUCUACUUUGAAACAAAAGUAUACCCCUCAUUCACAUGUUUAUGGGCUUAACAAAAAUAAGACACCUGUACCAUGUCAGAUAUAGAGUUGAAAUGUAUUACAUUUUGAGUUUGCUUCCCAAUAUUACAUCACAGACGACAGAAAUAUAGCAAAACAGUUUGACAUAGAUUUUCAGCGGCUUUUUUAAAAAGGAUGUUAAUGAAUUGUGAAGUUAUGAAAACUAUUAAUAACAUUCCAUCAAUGAGGCCACUAGAGGGCAAUUUGGUCCUUUGACUGCAGGAAAGGGGUACACAUUAAAUUCAUUACGAAAUAAAACAAUUUUAAUGAUUUUAAAGCUUUUUAAUGGAAAUUACAAACCAAAAAUAGUGAACAUUAUAUUGUCAAAGCAUUUCAAAUAUUCCAUUGUCUCUGUCAGGUCCACAUUGGGUAGACGUCCAUUGAAAAAUAGAAAAUUACUAUCAUAAUGAUAACAUAUUUCAGUACAUUACUUCAUUUUUAUCUGAUGUCUUUAUCAUUUUUAAAUCCUUAAAGUCAUCAUCUCAUCUCUGCUCAAGUAGUAGCAGCCAGCCAUCCCGACCAUCUAACAGUAUUUCUGUGCUUCAUAUACCGUACUGUCUUUAGUCAUCCUAUUUAGCUAGGCUAGCCUGUCUAAUAAUGUUGCAGAGCAGUCUGUUAAAAAAAUAAUUUUACUAGUUCUUCAAAGAAGGUAAGGCAUACUUUCACAAAUUGUCUCUGUUCCUCUCAUCGUUGUGUUCUGUACAUUCCUCUCAUGCGGUCUAUUUGGUCUGUGUGUAUCAAAUCCAAGCCGCGAAGUACAGACGCAAUGGAUUAUGGUCAUUGUAGUUAAUUACCAAAUUUCUGUGCUGAAUUAGGUUUAAUUAUUGGCUUAAUACUACAGCCAAGCGUCCCACAUAGUUCUUGACUUGAUUUUGCUCGUGAAUAUUGGAUUUCUCUCUACAGAAACGGCGCGUUUGGGCUCACAAAAAAAAAAGAACUAAAUGGAAUUCAAAUAAAUGAACCGACGUCGGUUAAUUGGUUGUUCAAUACAUUUCAGUUAAUCGCUCAGCACUACCGAUUGGCCCUCAAUAACUAGAAAAUAAAUGUGUCAAAUAUCAACAGCAACUAAAAAACAGAAUCAGAGGAUGUGUUUCUGUCUGAUUAAAGGAAUUGGAAACAAUGUGAAAA